UGGAUGGAGAAUAUUAAUUCACCAUGUUAAUUACAAUUUAGGCUUUUCUCUUUCUCUUUCUCUUGUUUUCUAAUUUCAAGGUUAAUCAAUGAUUAACAAUAAUUGACUUGUAUUGAGAGACAAACAUACCAAUCAUUUAGUAUUAUUAUUAUUACUCAUUCACCACCACCAAGGAAAUCUGGUUAAACAAAAUUCCCUAAUCCGUGAAAUUUGUCAACCAUCAACAAUCAACAAUUACUAUCCUUAAUUGUGAUAAUUUCUUUCCAAUCACCAUGAUUUAAAUGUAAAUCAGUCUACACAAUUUAAAUGAAUAGAAUAGAAUAAUUUUUAUUAUUCUAAAUCGAAUUGAAUCAAAAAUUCUCUGCUCAUCUAUUCUUGAUUCACAAAAUAUUCGCCAUCAAUUUCAAUUCUUUAUUUGACCCGCUGAAAAAAAAGCUUUUUAUCCACAUCAUCUUAAAACAUGAGCUUCAUCUCUUCAGGUUGGCAAUGGAUUAAACGUCAUAAAGGUAAAUUAAUGGUCGCCUCUGGGGUUGUAGGUGGUUUUGUUGUUCUCAAUCGUUAUUUGUCUGCUGUUGAACGUAAUUGGGAAAAUUCAUCGGUUAAAGAUUUUGUUUCCGAGGUUCGGAAAAAGGAGAUGCACUUUGACAAUACAAUUCAAACCUGUAACACUACGGUCAUCAAUUUAACACCUCGGGCUCUCUCUGUUUUGGAUAAUCUACUUAAUUGUGAAACACUUUUGGAUAAAUUAAAGUCAAGUGCAUCAUCGGAGGAGAAAUUAUUACUUUGGGAGGAAUUGAAGAUUCGUAUCAUCACUCGGAUAACCUCGGAAAUUUACUCUCUCUCCCUGUUUGUUUGUUUCUCUCGUAUUCAAUUAAGCCUGAUUGCCGGUUAUCUUUAUGUUGAUUGUUGUAAAAAUGGUACAACUCCAGGAAUAAUUAACAAAAAUAUUCAAAUGUAUUAUUUAUCUCUAUUGGAAACCUUUUUCACCCAAGGAAUACAGAAAUUAAUUCAACCCAUCCAGGAAUCAGUUAUCCAAGCAGUUGGAUCAAUUAGUUUAAAGGAAAGGAUUGAAUUAACCAAUUUGAAAGAAAUGUUUGACAAGAUAAAAGCAAACAUGAAUUUCUUCAUGAAUUCCCCUGAUUUUAAAAUUAGCCAAUAUUUGGUUACCACCAGUAAUCAUGCACGAUUGAAUGAUCCACCGGCAACAUCCACUCCCAAUGGUCAAACCUCACCAACACCAGAAGCAUCCUCAUCCUCUGCCUCAUCAACCUCAUCCAAUUCAACUUUCUCCUCGUCUUCCACCAUUCCAAUUCAUAAUUUAUCCGCUAAAGACAUGGCAAUCAUUCAAAAUAUGCUCAUCGAAACUGAAGAUCUUCUUGAAAGUGAAGAUUUUAAGAAAGUAAUCAAUUCAACAAUCGAUGUAGGCUAUUCAAUCAUGAUGGAUCUAUUGGUUGGUUGUUUUCUUCGUAUCGAUUCUGAUCCUGGAAUUGAAACCAACAAUGGUUUCAAGAAUCCACACACUCAAAGUGUUCCCUUUGCUAAACUUUUACCACCUCUGAAUAAUACCCUUAAAGAGAGAGGUAAAUCAUCCGAUGAAGCACUUUCCCUGGUUCGACAUCUUCUUUGUACCGAUGUGAUCAAUUGUUUCUCUGCCAAUGUCUAUGAAUCUUUCAGUGGGGACAGUGUACAGAAAAGUUAAUUAUACACUUUCAAUUUCAUCGCCGUUAUCACAUCACAAAUUUUGGUCACUCUCCCUGUACCUCAAUAUCAAUCGCAAUGUCACAUAUUCUGUUUCCUUAUCCUUUAUUUUUAUCAUGCUCAUCACCAUCAGCUGAUUCCGGCAAUCGUAUUGAUGGUUUCCACAACAAACAAUCAGAAUCUUCAACUAAGCUAAUUAUUUUCUCAACUCUUGUUACCAAUUUUGUUUUUUUCUCUUCUUCUAAAAACUAACAAUUUAUAUACUUAUUGGAUUCUCUUCUCAUCAUUACCCACAACAAUCAGUUCUCAAUCUACAGAAUCAAUCAAAACCUAAUCGAUUCACUUUCUAACUUUACCUUCAGUUUAAUGAUCAAAAAUUAUCUAUGAAUCUGCUUAAUUGUUCAUUAACAAUGCACCAAGUGAUCACCUUACCUGAUUUCGCUGUUAAAUUGUUGUUUUGGGUUCUUUUUAUUAUUUAAUCCAGCGGACAUUUUAUAUAAAAUGAUUUAAUUUAA